ACAAAAACUCCUUUAAAUAAAUUUCAUUCCUUCAUAUUUUUUUUUCCCCUCUCUCUCUGUCUCUCACUUGGGUCUUUUUCAGCUUUCUUUUCAGCCUUCACCACCAAUUCAGCUCUCUCAUCUCUUUUUAUGGGAAAAUAUUCUUAAUCACUUUCUAUAUAUAUAAACAACCCUACCCUACGCUACUUCCGCUCUCACAGAGAUCUGAUCCAUCAACAAACACCAACCGCCACCGCCAUCGAAUCAAUUCCCUAGAACAUCUCUCUAAACAAAAGCUAGGGUUGUAUUCUUCAUCUCUGAGGGUUAAUUUAUCACCAAAAAGCUAAGAUCUUUUCUUCUUUUUGCUUAUUACCUUGAUUAACAUCAUACAAUGAACACAUUUUUACAAGUUCCUCCUGGAUUUCGAUUCCACCCAACGGAUGAAGAACUUGUGGAUUAUUACCUUAGAAAAAAGAUUUGUUCAAGAAGGAUUGAAUUGGAUGUCAUUAAAGAUGUAGACCUUUACAAGAUUGAACCAUGGGAUCUCCAAGAGAUAUGUAGUCUUGGAACAGAGGAUCAAAAUGAAUGGUACUUUUUCAGCCAUAAGGACAAGAAAUAUCCAACAGGAACUAGAACAAAUAGGGCAACUGCAGCUGGAUUUUGGAAAGCAACUGGCAGAGACAAGGCAAUUUAUUCUAAACAUGAUUUGAUUGGUAUGAGAAAGACCUUGGUCUUUUACAAAGGUCGAGCUCCUAAUGGCCAAAAGUCCGAUUGGAUCAUGCAUGAGUAUAGACUCGAAACGGAUGAAAAUGCCACUCCACAGGAAGAAGGAUGGGUAGUUUGCAGGGUGUUUAAGAAGAGAAUAACGACAGUAAGACGAAUGAACGAACACGAAUCACCGUGUUGGUACGAGGAACCGGGGUCGUUUAUGCCCGACCUAGACUCUCCAAACCAAAGCUCACAUUCCAAUUUCCCUAACCAUAUGUCUAACUUCCCAUGCAAAAAGGAGGCAGAAUAUUUGCCCUACCAACAAGCUCAAGUACCCCAAGACCACCAUUUCCUUCACUUACCACUUUUGGAGGGCCAAAAGUUAGCCAACACCUUUGCCCUAGACAUCAACUUACAAACCUCCAACUUCCAACCAUCAGCUGCAAAAAUACAACAACAACAACUUUCCGACCAAAACUUGUUGUUUUUGUUCGACGACAACAACAACAACGACGAACAAACAAUAGAUCAGCUCACAGAUUGGCGUGUGUUUGAUAAAUAUGUUGCUUCUCAGCUCAGCCAAGAGAAUAAUAAUAAUAAUAAUAAUAAUGCUUCUAAGCAAGAAGUUAUGGUUCCAGAAAAUGCUCCCACAUCCACUUCAACUUGUCAGAUUGAGCUGUGGAAGUGAAACCAAAACCUCUUCUUUUAUUUUUUUUUUUUCAUUAAGGGUUUACUUCAUAUUAUAUAUUAUAAUUAAUAGGAUGUUAUAAGAGUUCUAAAGGGUCUAAUUUGAAGUUAUUUUUUUAAUCAAGAUUUCUGUACAUAAUUAAAGACUUAUUAUUAUACCAUUCGUAUAACAUACAAU